GGGUAUCUUCCUCGCCUUACACUAUUCUUCCUCCGAGGCAGCUUCUCCGAGCCGCCAUCCUCUGCUUCACCGUUCGGUGUACAAUUAGACGUGGGUACCAAACCAGCGGUGACAUCAACCUAAGAAUAUGGCCCGACUGCCCCUCAAAAUAUCUGCCUCAUCCCCUCCCGUCUCCGUCUUAGUCCUCCCCCUCCAUCUAUAGUUUCAUCGUCUUCCAUCAUCGAUCAGCGACGCAUCGAGAGAUGCAUCAUCCGUGGCCUCCCCCAUCCUUCCGUCUUCUGCUUCCCUUCCUCCUUUCCCUCUUCCUCUCUUCCUUACCACCUUCCUUCUCCGACGACGACUACCUCCCGCCAUACGAGGCAUGCGCCCCGAGGCCAUUACCCUGCGGAGGCCGCAACAUCAGCUUCUCCUACCCAUUCCGCCAAGCAGAAAGUCAUCGUGAGUGUGGCUAUCCGGAUGCUGAACUCAGCUGCAACACCACCGACGACACCUUGACGAUUCACAUCGGCAAAAAGCAGUACCGAGUGAAGGAUAACAACAUCGACUACGCCAACAACCUAGUCACCGUCGUUGAUCGAGAUUUUGUUGACAAUCCCUGCCCCCGGCCAUCUGAGAAUACCACUCUGGGUUUAGCGCCCUUCCAGUACACCGGUGACGACCUCAACGCCACCUUCUUCAUCGAUUGCCCCAGCCUUCCCCCACCGUUUUUUAGCAUCGGUUGCCCCAAAGGUGGCGCUGCCGGACCGUCGUCAUACUAUUGGCCGGGAAAUAGUACCUUGCCUGACGAGGUGUACACGUGUAGAACAUCGUUUGUGCAAGUUCCCAUGAAUCCGACGGCUAUCGAACAGUGGAUACACGGAGAAACGAAUUUUGCCGGAGCACUGCAGGAGGGAUUCACCUUGAGCUGGCCAGCGGAGAUCGGGGAGUGGUGCAGCGCUUGCAACGGGUCCGGCGGGACGUGUGGGUAUGAAUCCUCUAUGCCGACCUGUUUCUGCUCCGAUGGCUCCGCUACAGAUGGUUCGUGCGACAAAAAGGAGAACCGGGAGUGGUGCAGCGAUUGCAACGGGUCCGGCGGGGUGUGUGGGUACAACUUCCCAAAGCCGACCUGUAUCUGCUCCGAUGGCUCCCAUACAGAUGGUUCGUGCGACAAAGGAUCUCACAUCAAGAAGCUUAUUAUAAUCGGUUCAGUGGCGGGAGCCGUGGGCUUCGUUUUGGUCUGCAUCGCAUUAUUUCGAUGUACGCGAAAGCGUCACACAGCCCCUAUCAUCUAUUGGAACAAACCGACAAAUGUCGCAAAGAUCGAAGACUUUCUGAAUGAUUAUGGAUCCAUGGCCCCUAAAAGAUACAUGUACUCGGAAUUGAAGAAGAUGACCAAAUCUUUCAAAGAAAAACUUGGGGAAGGUGGAUAUGGAAGUGUGUUCAAGGGCACCCUCCAAGAUGGGCGUUCGGUGGCUGUGAAGAUCCUCAGCAAAUCCACAGAAAAUGGAGCAGAGUUUAUAAACGAAGUUGCCAGCAUCGGUAGGACUUCCCAUGUCAACGUCGUGAGUCUACUCGGCUUCUGCCACGACGGUCACAAACGAGCUCUGGUCUAUGAAUUCAUGCCCAAUGGGUCACUGGACAAGUACAUCUACUCUGACGAGCCGAAGGCAUCGCUUCCAUGGGACAGACUGUACCAGAUCGCCGUCGGCAUCGCCCGAGGGCUGGAGUAUCUGCAUCGCGGCUGCAACACUCGCAUAGUCCACUUCGACAUAAAGCCCCACAACAUCCUCCUGGACCAGGACUUCUGUCCCAAGAUAUCCGACUUUGGAUUAGCCAAACUGUGCCCUCCCAAAGAAAGCAUCCUCUCCAUGGCAGACGCAAGAGGAACCGUAGGGUACAUUGCACCGGAAGUCUUCUCGAGGACCUUCGGGAUGGCGUCGACUAAAUCCGACGUCUACAGUUACGGGAUGAUGGUCCUGGAAAUGGUCGGAGGAAGAAGGAAUGUGAAAGCAUGGGCAGACAGGACCAGCGAGAUAUACUUUCCGCAUUGGGUCUACGAACAUCUGGAUCGAGAUGGAGGUCUUGAAGCCUACGAUGUGACGGCUGAGACGGAGGAAAUUGCGAGGAAGAUGAUAAUGGUCGGUUUGUGGUGCAUACAAACAAUGCCACCGAGUCGGCCUUCCAUGAGCAGAGUCGUGGAAAUGUUGGAAGGAAGAGUCGGCGACAUGGAGAUGCCACCCAAACCAUAUCUUUCGUCCCCUCAGCGACCGGUCGUCGUCACCUCUUCUUCCUCUCACGUGCUAUCAUGCAUGCCUCUGCCCCUUGUCCACCGCUUCACCAAACCAGCAGCAUACGUGGUACCCACGUCCACCGCUUUACCGCUUCACCAAACCAGCGGUGACAUCAACCUGAGAAUACGGCCCGACUGCCCCUCGAAAUAUCUGCCUCGUCCUCUCCCUUCUCCGUCUUAUUCCUCCCCCCCCACCUAUAGUUUCGUCGUCUUCUAUCAUCGAUCAGCGACGCAUCGAGAGAUGCAUCAUCCUUGGCCUCCCCCAUCCCUCCGUCUUCUGCUUCCCUUCCUCCUUUCCCUCUUCCUCUCUUCCUUACCACCUUCCUUCCCCGAUGACGGCUACCUCCAGCCAUACGAGGCAUGCUCCACGAGGCAAUUCCCCUGCGGAGGCCGCAACAUCAACUUCUCCUACCCAUUCCGCCAAGCAGAAAGUCCUCGUGAGUGUGGCUAUACGGAUGCUGAACUCAGCUGCAACACCACCGACGACACCUUGACGAUUCACAUCGGCAAAAAGCAGUACCGAGUGAAGGAUAACAACAUCGACUACGCCAACAACCUCGUCACCGUCGUUGAUCGAGAUUUUGUUGGCAAUUCCUACCCCCGGCCAUCUGAGAAUACCACUCUUUCAGCGCCCUUCCAGUACACCGCUGACGACGUCAACCUCACCUUCUUCAUCGAUUGCCCCAUCAUUACCCCACCGUUCGUUAACACCGAGUGCCUCGAAAGUAGCACUGCCGGAAGGUGGUCAUACCAUUGGCCGGGAAAUAGUAAAUUGCCUGAUGACGACAUGAACGCGUGUGGAAGAUGGUUCGUGCAAGUUCCCAUGAUUGAGACGGCUUUCAAACAGUUGAUGGACGGAUACACGGAUUAUGCCGCAGCACUGCAGGAGGGAUUCACCUUGAGCUGGAAGGAGAUCGGGGAGUGGUGCAGCGCUUGCAACAGGUCCGGCGGGAUGUGUGGGUACGACUCCUCAAAGCCGACCUGUUUCUGCUCCGAUGGCUCCGCUACAGAUAGUUCGUGCGACAAAAAGGAGAACCGGGAAUGGUGCAGCGAUUGCAACGGGUCCGGCGGGGUGUGUGGGUACAACUUCCCAAAGCCGACCUGUAUCUGCUCCGAUGGCUCCCAUACAGAUGGUUCGUGCGACAAAGGAUCUCACAUCAAGAAGCUUAUUAUAAUCGGUUCAGUGGCGGGAGCCGUGGGCUUCGUUUUGGUCUGCAUCGCAUUAUUUCUAUGUACGCGAAAGCGCCACACAGCCCCUAUCAUCUAUUGGAACAAACCGACAAAUGUCGCAAAGAUCGAAGACUUUCUGAAUGAUUAUGGAUCCAUGGCCCCUAAAAGAUACAUGUACUCGGAAUUGAAGAAGAUGACCAAAUCUUUCAAAGAAAAACUUGGGGAAGGUGGAUAUGGAAGUGUGUUCAAGGGCACCCUCCAAGAUGGGCGUUCGGUGGCUGUGAAGAUCCUCAGCAAAUCCACAGAAAAUGGAGCAGAGUUUAUAAACGAAGUUGCCAGCAUCGGUAGGACUUCCCAUGUCAACGUCGUGAGUCUACUCGGCUUCUGCCACGACGGUCACAAACGAGCUCUGGUCUAUGAAUUCAUGCCCAAUGGGUCACUGGACAAGUACAUCUACUCUGACGAGCCGAAGGCAUCGCUUCCAUGGGACAGACUGUACCAGAUCGCCGUCGGCAUCGCCCGAGGGCUGGAGUAUCUGCAUCGCGGCUGCAACACUCGCAUAGUCCACUUCGACAUAAAGCCCCACAACAUCCUCCUGGACCAGGACUUCUGUCCCAAGAUAUCCGACUUUGGAUUAGCCAAACUGUGCCCUCCCAAAGAAAGCAUCCUCUCCAUGGCAGACGCAAGAGGAACCGUAGGGUACAUUGCACCGGAAGUCUUCUCGAGGACCUUCGGGAUGGCGUCGACUAAAUCCGACGUCUACAGUUACGGGAUGAUGGUCCUGGAAAUGGUCGGAGGAAGAAGGAAUGUGAAAGCAUGGGCAGACAGGACCAGCGAGAUAUACUUUCCGCAUUGGGUCUACGAACAUCUGGAUCGAGAUGGAGGUCUUGAAGCCUACGAUGUGACGGCUGAGACGGAAGAAAUUGCGAGGAGGAUGAUAAUGGUCGGUUUGUGGUGCAUACAAACAAUGCCACCGAGUCGGCCUUCCAUGAGCAGAGUCGUGGAAAUGUUGGAAGGAAGAGUCGGCGACAUGGAGAUGCCACCCAAACCAUAUCUUUCGUCCCCUCAGCGACCGGUCGUCGUCACCUCUUCUUCCUCUUGAAGGUAAGCAAACUAAAAGAAGAACUCGGAGUUAUUUUUCCCCUCUUUUUGCCCUUUUUCUUGCGAUCUUCUUGUGAAUCACAUGAAAACUAAUUCAAGUGUUCUGCUUAAACAUAUUGGAAUUCUUACGCAAAGAACUGGUAACCCGUAGCUUCUUUUCAUGAGCGUACGAUACUGACUUCGAUAGCGAACUCUGAGGCGAUGGCUGUAGACUAACGCGCAGGAGCGUGCCCGGGUUAUGGCAACCAUGAGGUACACAUUAAUGGAGGUUUGACUGGACUCCCCGUGAUAGCCGUGGCGAUGGUCCUUUUCCUUCGUCGUCUCCGGACACAGCACCAAUUCCCACGAGCAGAGAGGCCAGCAGCAUGCAUGCCCCUGCCCCUCGGCCUGUGUGAGAGAACUGUACAUCCAUGUACCACUGAUUCCACCCUUGGAUCUCCAUCCUAGACGUUUUAAUAGCUAGGAGAAGCCCGAAACAGAAAGCUCCCAUUACCUCAAAGAAUCCUAAUCCCAGGGAGAAGGUCCAUGUACUUCGUAGCAGCAAUAAUGAAGGCAACUGGACGCAACAGUGAGAGGGGGACGAAGAGGACACGAUGAGAUAAAUUAAGCAAAGCUUGCUUAGAGAAAGACCGACACUACGAUGGCACGCGUUGAACUCGCACAUGUGUUGUAUAAGAUGGGUGUAAACAAUUAAUCUUGUACAGUUUUGGUGAACCUUUACGUCGUGAUUAAUAAUAAAAUUAUUUAAUUGACAAUAA